CUCGCGGGAUUGGUCAAGGCUCACGGGCCCUACAGCAGGGCCCGAGCCACGCAUGCCGGCGAGACCAUGGCGGCCGCGGCGGGUCUCGCCCAGAUCCCCGAAGUGGACAUUGACCCCGAUGGCGUCUUUAAGUACGUCCUGAUUCGUGUCCACGCGGCGGAUCCUGCCGGGGCCCCGGCCGAGAAGGAGAUCGUGCGGGGCUACAAGUGGGCGGAAUACCACGCCGACAUCUACGACAAGGUUUCAGACGAGCUGCAGAAGAAGGGCUUCGAAUGCGAGUGCCUGGGCGGCGGGCGCAUCUCCCACCAGUGCCAGGACAAGAAGAUCCACGUGUACGGCUACUCCAUGGGCUUCGGCCGAGCCCAGCACUCCAUCUCCUGCGAGAAGAUCAAAGCCAUGUACCCAGGGUACGAGGUCACCUGGGCCGAUGACGGCUACUAAGUCGGCCUAGCCCCAGCCACUGCUGGACUCUGCCCUCAGGACCCUCUCGCGGGCUGCUGCACCAUGUGGCACUGAGUCAGACCGCAGCGACAGUGCACCCUGGUCCCUGUACCCUGGAAUUAAAGUCUGCUCCCUUGGC